GUUGGCGAUUCGGUGGCGAAUCAGUGACCCCUUUCUAGAUCAAUGGGGAUACGAUCCCGCAGACAUUGUACAAUUAAUUGAUGACGGCUGUGGCCCCUGCCAACUAAGCACAAUAUUUUACUUGAAAUGCGCCGCCUGGCAUUUUAUGCAAGGGCAGGUGACUCCAUGUUCUUCUAUUUUUCGGGGCAUGGGGGCCAAGUCCGCGACCUGGAUGGCGAUGAAGUUGAUGGUUAUGAUGAAUUCAUAUGUCCAGUCGAUUAUCAACAGUCGGGUGUGAUUAACGACGAUGAAAUACACGAAAUUAUGGUAAAGCCGCUGGCUGCUGGCUCACGGUUGACGGCGCUCUUUGAUUCAUGCCAUUCCGGCACGGUGCUUGAUUUGCCUUACCUUUAUGACUCUAGACAAUGCAAGUUCACCGAUGGCGUUACGCCCGAUGCUCGCAUCAGGAAGCACUCCCAGGCGGAAGUUUUUUGCUUCUCAGGUUGUGGGGAUUCCGAAGAGAGUGAGAGUGUCGUAAUGCCUGGUCAACCUAUUGGCGGACUUAUGACAUUUGCUUUCAUACAUGUUUUCUCUUGCACGCAGGCUCUAGCUUUCCAAAGUAUAUUCGAACAAAUACGCGCGUUCGUUCGUGCGACCUUACCGGACGCCAGACAAGAACCUCAAUUUUCCUGCUCAAAUCCUCUCGAUACAACAUUGCCUUUCUAUAUCUGAACGCUUGGGAAUGGGAUUGAGUCGUAAUCACUCCUUAUAUGUUAACAUGAUCGUGCAUAUUUGAUCUCGUUGACAUCGUUC